AUGGAACCCCCAAUCAUUGCUUCUUCAGCAUCACCCAUUUCUGUCAUGCGUUUCAACACAACCCGAAGACCACUGAGCCUGAUGCCACUCCCAGACACUCUCCUCGACACUCUGGAGGCCAGUGAGCCAGGCCUCAGCAUUGACCAAGCUCGUGACGUUGAAGAGGAGUACGUCCUUGUCGCGUCUACGGAUACCACUACCAAGUUAGAACAACAAGUAUACGAGUUGACUGAAGAAAACACGCGUAUGGCGGAGCGAAUCAGAUCCCUUGAAGGUUUAGUGAUGCAGGCCAAACUCAAAGUUAGAGAAGCAUUCCAAGCACUCGACUGCAGUAUAUGCCUGACCACAAUCAAAUGGCCCGUCAGCACUUGCGAGUGUCAGCACUACUUUUGCGAUUCUUGCUUGAAGCAGUGGCUACAGUGGCAGAAGGAGAAAAAGAUUCCAGAGACAUGCCCGUUGUGUCGCAACUGGUUGUUCGAGGAUCCGCAGAAGAUGGCCGUACGACCACUGCGAGAUAUGGUCGAGAUUCUCCAGGGCAUACGGCUACUUGCACCGGAAGGAUCAGGUAUCGACCUGGCAACUGUCCUCACCGCUCAUGAAGGCCAUCAGCUCCCUUGA